AUGAGGAAGGAUCUCGUCCACGAGGUCAGGAGACUUUCUCGACCGCUAUCAUCGUCCAAUCGUGAAGUGCUGAUCUUAUCAGGUGUUCAGGCAAAACUAUUUUUGACCAAAAUGGACGUUCUUCCGACGGAACUAAUACAAGAAAUAUUGCAAUAUUUCAAAGUUGAUAUGGUCUCCCCAACCAUAGCUGAGGAGGCUGCCUGGAAAGAGCUGUACGGUAUCCCAAAUUGGUGGUCUCGCAAGGGGCAUUCUCAGAGUGAUGCAGAAGAUGAGUAUUCCAGAGAAGAUCUCACUGCUCAUUACAAGGCAGUCCUGCCAUUGAGACUAGUAAAUCGACUCUUUAAUGAUUUCUUGACGUCAUUCAUCUAUCAAGAGCUCAAUCUGUUUGAAUUGAAUAAUGAAAUCGACUAUGAAGUUGUCACCCGAUACGGAACACAUAUUCGUACCCUACGCGCCGGUUUGGUCCUUAAAGGCGGUCUAUCUAAUGAGCCAAGGCUAAUCCAAAUACUUUCUUUGUGCAGCAACAUUCACUCGGUUGGGCUCUAUCAUCUUCUAAGCGCAGACUCGUCCUCUUCGUCCUCUAGCUCAGAAGCAUCGGCCAUGGCAGUAGUGUUCUCUUCCAUUUCGAGGAGGAUUCGGUCUAUUGGACAUCGUCAGGCAAAAUCGAAAGGGGUACCUCCUCCCUCCCCUCCAACGACUCUCGUAGAAGCCAUCAAGUCGUCUAUUCAAAGCAAGAACCUCCGUUCCAUUGGAUUCUACUACCCUGGAAUCUAUAACAUAUUGCAGUCGAUCGAUGGUAGUCACCAAGCCCUGAUCUAUGAUGUAGCGACAUCGGAUCAAGCCAAAGUCAUAAAGAGGUUAGAC